AUGGCCGGACGGAAACUCCUCAUCCUUUUCGGCAGCCAGACUGGGACAGCUCAAGACACGGCCGAGAGGAUCGGCAGGGAGGCCAAACGGCGGCACUUUGAGUGCCAAGUGGAGGCGCUGGACACCUAUGACGUGGCGAACCUCAUCCAUGAGCCCUUGGUGGUGUUUGUGUGUGCAACCACGGGCCAGGGCGACCCACCUGACAACAUGAAGAUGUUCUGGCGCUUUCUGUUCCGGAAGAACCUGCCCCCCAGGUCCUUGUGCCAGAUGGACUAUGCUGUGCUGGGCCUCGGAGACUCCUCUUAUCCCAAGUUUAAUUUUGUUGCGAAGAAGCUGCACAAACGGGUGCUGCAGCUCGGGGGCAGCCCUCUGCUGCCGGUGGCGUUGGGAGACGACCAGCACGAUCUGGGACCAGAUGCGGUGAUUGAUCCCUGGCUGCUGGCCUUGUGGGACAAGAUCCUUGCCUUGUAUCCCCUCCCUCCAGGCGUCCAGAUCAUCAGCCCAGAUGUGCGCCUGCCCCCAAAAUACACCCUGCACUACGUGGCUGAAGGUUCCUCCUGCCCUGAUGGUGACGUGCUCCAGCCAAGAGAGGCCAAGGCUGUUCCCUCAGAACAACAUCCCUUUGCUGCUCGGAUGGUGUCCAAUGAGCGGGUCACGGCAGAAUCCCAUUUCCAGGACGUCCGGCUCAUUGAGUUUGAUAUCACAGGCUCAGGAAUGAUGUUCAGCGCAGGAGACGUCGUGAUGAUCCAGCCGCAGAACAGCCCUGAGGAUGUGCAGCAGUUUUGCCAGCUCUUGCGCCUUGAUCCAGACAGACACUUUGUGCUGAAGCCCUUGGAGCCUGGUACUGCCCUCCCUGCCCUCUUGCCACAGCCCUGCACCAUCUGGCACCUGGUUACCCACUACCUGGACAUCUGCUGCGUGCCACGGCGCUCCUUCUUCGAGCUCCUGUCCUCCUUGUCUGUGAAUGAGCUGGAGCGCGAGAAGCUGCAGGAGUUCAGCUCGGCACAGGGCCAGGAAGAGCUGUACAGCUACUGCAACCGGCCACGCAGGACCACUCUCGAGGCCCUUUGGGAUUUCCCUCACACUACGAGUGCCAUUCCGGCCGAAUAUCUGCUGGACCUCAUUCCUCGCAUCAGACCUCGUGCCUUCUCCAUCGCCUCCUCUCAGCUGGUUCACCCCAACCGGAUCCAGAUCCUCAUGGCAGUGGUGAAGUACAAGACGCGGCUCAGCAAACCCCGCCGUGGUCUCUGCUCUACCUGGUUGGCUUCCCUCAACCCACAGUACGGAGAUGUCCGGGUCCCUCUUUGGGUAAAGAAAGGAGGAAUGAAGUUCCCGGGUGUUGCUGACACCCCCGUGAUCAUGAUCGGCCCUGGCACAGGCGUGGCACCUUUCCGAGCAGCAAUACAGGAGCGUGUAGCACAGGGACACAGGGGGAACUGCUUAUUCUUCGGCUGCCGACAGAAAUCCAAGGACUUCUACUGCCAGUUGGAGUGGGAAGAGCUGGUGGCGAAGGGUUUCCUGAUGCUUUUUACGGCCUUCUCCAGGGACCAGGAGGAGAAGGUCUAUGUUCAGGACCGCAUCCGAGAGAACCCCUUGGAAGCACAGCUUGCUCUGUCUUCCAGGAAAGCCCAGCAGAUGCCAGCAGCAGUGGCCGAAGCCCUGCAGUGGGUGGCGCAGUCGGAAGGAGGCCUGUCAUCCUCAGAAGCUGAGGAGUAUUUCACAGCCCUGGAACGAUGCCAGCGCUUCCAAUCUGAAACCUGGUCGUAGUCCUGGCUUCCAGCUCCCCCCUUCCUCCCUGCAAGCUGCACGGAAGCACCUGAGCCCCAAUAAAG